GCUGAUGCACAGGAGAGAGGAAGGUGUGAAUAGGUGGGCCAGUUGCAUGGCCAUGAAAAUGCAUAUGCUUGCAUGUGUAGGCUUUUGUGUCUUUGUUAAAUCCCAUUUAUGCAUAUUCCACUUCCAACCUACUCAGACCCAAAUGGAAUUAGUAAGAUUCUGAAAGACAAAAAAAUCUGCUUUUGAUCAUUGAGGCUCGUUUUGAAACCAAAUUAGAUUUAAAUGUUGCAUUUUGUCCUUGUCACAAUUCUCGAACUGAGAGUGGUCUGACAUUUUUUUUUUUGACCCCGCUGGAGUGCAUCGUCCGCCCACCUGUGGUCUUGAGUGAUGGUUAUCUCUCGCUCUUACAGCGGGUCUCACUCUUACUGCGUUACAGUGGGUCUUGUCACACCUAUCUGGAUGUGCAUUUGUCAUCUAUAACGUGGCCAGAGACGGUGCGCACAUGGCUCCAGGUAAAAUUUCGUAUCCUUCAGUGUUUGUGGUGGACAGCCCCACGAGACCCCCUCCGCUGCCUCCCAAACCAGCCUAUAGACAGCGACAGAAUGGGAUCCAGAUGCUGCUGGUGGUCCUGGUCGUCGUGGCUCUGUGUGGAAUGACCGUGGAAGCUUGUUUCAUCUACAGUCUGUACUCAGCCAAAGACCAGCCUACCCCUCCAAAUGAACCACAGACUGCCAUGAGAAAACAAGAUGGCACACCCAGCAAAUCCAGAGGGCUUGGAGAAAUGAAGCCAUCAAAACCAAUGGCACAACUGACAACUAGUAAGAAACCAGUUAAUGGAGUCAUGCAGUGGAGUCAUGAAUCCAUCCUUCACCAUGUCAAAUUCAAUGAGGAAAAACUCAUCAUAGAGAGAGAGGGAUAUUAUUCCGUCUACUCUAAGGUCAACUUCCAUGACAACAGAAUCACAUGCACCCACUCUGUCCUCCGGGUUACACCUCGGUAUACAGGGGAUGCGAUUCUGCUUCUGCAGUCCUCCAGGUAUCGUCCUAAACCCCCGAGGCCAGACAUCACAGACAACAGCUACCUCAGCGGCAUAUUUCAUCUCUACAAAGAUGAUGCUCUCUUUGUCAUGGUGAAAAAUUGUACACUUGUGUUGUCCAAUGCGGCUGAGAACUACUUUGGUGUGUUCAUGGUUUAGAUUAAAUCUGGAGUCAUACUGUUACCAGACAAUCUCAGAAAAAAGGUACAAAAGCUGUCACUGGGGCAGUUCCCUUUCAAAAGGUACUAAUAGGUACAUUAUGUAUACUUGUGUACCACUAGAUUUUGAUGGAAAAUAUAUAUAUUUUUUAGUGCUGUCAAAUCGAUUAAUCGCGAUUAAUCACAUCUAACAUAACAUAAAAGUUUGUGUUUACAUAAUAUAUGUAUAUAUAUAUAUAU